AUGGAUGACCCAAAUAUCUUCUUGACCCUCACCCCCUGUGAUAAAUGGGGACUGACCGCCGAUUCGUUCCGUUUACCACAUAAUGUUGCUCGAUAUGUCCAGCCGUGUCCUAUCAGCCGCGAGACCACGCCUGGUGAUUCUGUCCACGACGAAACUCCGGUGAACGAACUGGAAUACUUCCACCGCAUCCAAUUGCGUUUUGACCAGGAGACCAAAGUCAAAGGCCGUGUCACAUUUGGAAGUGAUCCCGAACUGUGUGAUGUACUUCUUGAUUCGAGAAGACCACGAUUUUACAUCACUUUCGAUAGCAAACAACGACCCGUGAUCUGGGAUGACUCCAACAAUGGUUUCACUGUCAGCUAUGACGGGCAAGCUAAAGACGAGCGGCGAAAUCACUUUAAGUGGAUCUUCUUCACCGGGUAUAAGACAAUCAGAGUCACGAUACCGCUCCGGAAGGAGAGACAACUCGCCUUUGACGUCCACCUCCCUCCGCACUACAAGACCCAUCGAGAGGAAUACAAAAACAACGUGGAGAGGUUCAUGGCUGAUGCUCCUCAAGACUAUGACGUGGCCUUCGACAACCUAGCUCUCCGCAGCGAGGGACCCUCGUUCGCGCCGAGUGAAUCCCUCUCUCCAACCAAACGACCUAUUUACUUGAAGGGAAGAGAAUUGGGAAAGGGCAUUUUCGGACGGGUGUGGAAGGUGCAGGACGCUUCUACGGGGUUUGAAUACGCUGGGAAGAAGUUUUUCCAUUCGACAGGCUGGGAGCGGGAAAUUGAAAUCAUGAAAAAGCUUCGACAUGACCAUGUCGUUCGGUUUUUCGACUUCAAAAGGGACCCGGGACCACUUCUCGUGAUGGAAUAUGUGCCACUAGGAAAUUUACAACAGCAAAACACAGACAGCCCGAUUGCCGUGGAAGAAUGGUCAGUCCUGCUAUAUCAAUGUCUCACAGCUCUCGAUUAUCUCCACCAUCGCAAUAUAGCGCAUCGAGACCUCAAGCCUGACAACAUCCUCGUAUGUUCCAGGACCCCCUUUUGGGUUAAAGUGGGAGAUUUUGGUCUCGGCAAAGAAGACGAAGAUGAAGACUUGAAAACACGCUGCGGGAAUGACCGAUAUUCAGCCCCAGAAGCCUAUUCCAAUCGGCCUUACACAAACGCAGUGGAUAUAUGGCAGUUGGGAGUGAUUGUCAUGGAAGGUCUCUAUGGACUCCCUCGCGAUACACGACGAAAAAAUGUGAAACAGCCUAACGAAAUUCAACGGCAGGCUCUUGGCUGGUGUCAGCUUAUUAUUGAAGCAGCAGAGGACUGGGAGUCGGAUUCAAUGAUAGACUUUCUUAGGGGAUGUAUGAUCAUAUGGGAACCAGCAAAGCGACUCCCCGCGGACGAAUGUGUUCAAAAGGGAUUGGAAGCCGGCCUUUUCACCGGAGUAUUUUCGCAGACGGGAAAUGUCACCCCCCGAUUACAACCCGAUGGAGGCACUGGCGAUGUCAAUAUAAAAGAAGCGUCGACCGUCAUGGGACCCUUGUGGCAAAAUGUCAGGACGUCCCCCAGAAACGAAGAGCGUACAUUGCGAUUACGAGGCACUCCUUCUCCGCCGCUCCACGAAUGCGAACAAGUACCACAGUCUCAUGGAGGCAUAAGCUUGAACGACGACGAGAGCACUUCACUGGUUACUCCAGAACGAUACGACAACAGGUUUGCUAAACGCAGACGGACCACGGACGAUUUUGAGCCUAACCUUCAGUUUCCUGGUUCAGUCCAGCAACUUGGCUGGCCUCAGCUUCCCCAAGUAGCGGCUAAUCGCGGUGAGAAGGGUUCAAUGGGUAGGGAAGGGUACACCGCAAGACCAGCCGUGUCAGACGAAGACCCAGAUCAAGAUGAUGAGAUCACGGAGAUUCCGCCAGUCCAGCCACCUCUUGAGCGACGCGGCAAAUUUAUCGUGCAGUCCACUGAGGAACACCAAGCCCUUUUACGCAUAAUAGAUGGCCAAGUGAACUUUACUAUGGACACGUCAUCAAUUGCUCCUUGGAUCGAUAUUCACACUGCACGGGAGCUAUGCUCAAUUGCCAAUGUCGGUGCAAAGUUUCAACCGCUCUUUUCUUUUGGAGAAGCCCGACAAGCUCAGGUCCCGGUGAUCCGGCCCGAGCCGCAACAGCAAAUGAUACAGAACGGGGCAGGGCUUCCUGCAUUUACGCCUCUCAUCUUUAACGGAAACACUGUUUUAGUCCGUAAUGCGGACUCUUGGAUCAAUGCGACUCAAAUUCUUCGAGCGGCCGGGUUUAAUCGCCCCCCAUUUAGUUGGCAGGAUCAGAACUUCGCCUAUGAGAGAGUGGGGCCCCUGGGAGUCUUUGUAAAUGUCGAUAUCGCCAUCCGAUUCUGUGAGCUCUACAACUUACCGGAGCUUGGCAUGAUUUUGCGAGGAGAAUUCCAGGGAGAGCAUCAAGAUCUAGUGUUCACGCGUCGACAGCGCCAGAAAGACAAGGAUAAGUUUCACCUUGUCAGUUGCGCGAAGGACACUGUGGCAGUCAGGCGGAGUGACUUGAAAGUCAACUUGGCUCAUAUUUUUAAAGCGUCACCGGCGCAUCGCAGUCAUCGUGACGCUGCAUUGAGGUUCAAGAAGAGGAACCCUUUUUCUGUCGAGGUUGUGCGAGGCGACUCGAAGACUCAAGGUUCAUACGUCGACAUCUCACUAGCAACCAAUCUUUCUCAGUUACUUGGCUUGCCCUUGAUCGCCAAAGCCCUCGUUCAGCUAAUCGGAGAGAAUUUGUUACCGCAGCGCGAAGGACCUUCUACGGCGGCACAACCCAAAGGCAUCCUAGCACAACCUGGACCGGCCAAAGAUAUCAACAAUGGUGACAACUCAGGCCCAGACAUGACCAUCUCCGAGAUCGAUAGGCUAUUGAACGUUUCUCAGCCGUCCUUUAGGUUCAUGAUGCCAUCACGGCACUCACAAUCGUCGCGCUUAGGAAUGGAUCAUCCGCAGAACAAUGGAGGCGUGCAGAAGCCAGGUGAAUGGAUGAGCCAAAUCAGCUUGUCCUCCCUCAUCAUUCCAUCCGACCUUUCAUGUUUCAAGCAAGACGAGCCAGAAAACUUCCCGAAUCAGGAGCAGGAUCAGGAGGAACGGGAAGCUUGUCCGGACCAGCCUGGUGUAGCUGCGCCCUACCCUCAACCGGGACCAGGUGUCCCAGGACCGUCUCCAACUUCCGCAACAUCGCAAACUCCUCAAAGAUUCGUUUUUGUGCCGAAUGAACAGCCUAAGAGGCCCCGUCGAAAACCAGAGGAAAUCGAGAGGCUGUACAAAUGUGGGUGGAAUGGUUGCGAAAAAGCUUAUGGCAAUUUGGGUCACCUGAAUCAGCAUGUGUCGAAACAUUCUCAUGGACCAAAAAGAAAAGGCCGGGGGGAUGGCUAA